CGUUUCCAACAAGUGUUGGCACCGUGGGCUCCGCUCUAGACCGUUAGUACCAGUUGCCAGGCUCUGCUUGUGCUCACUUCUCGCCUCCCUCCCCAGCACACAUGUAAUCCGAAACCUCACAUCUCCAGAACGACCAACAACAAAAAAUAAGAGCUUGGGCAGAGACAGCAGCUGGCUGUCAGCAGCAGAGUGGAGAGGAGCCAAGCGAGGAAAGAACCCCAAGCCAGAGAGGGGCAGGAUGGGGGGAGAGAGACGUGAAGUUUAAGAAGACAGAAAAACAACAACCGGAGGUGGAGGACAGUCCUGCGGCACUGUUGGGUAUAACACACUUGGACAGUGCUGGCCAGGAUGUCUUCUGAAGGCUUUCUGAAGGAAAUACAGACCAUUGGUGAGAAGUUCCUGCUUAAGCUCCAGAAGCUGCCCCAGGCUGAACCUGUGGAGAUAGUGUCAUUUUGUAUUAUCCUCUUCUUUAUCGUUACUGUGCUGUCACUGAUGAUCCUAGCCUGCAGCUGUUGCUGCUAUCGCUGCUGCUGCCAGGGAAGCCCUGAUCAGAGAGGCAGGAAGAUCCAGAUCCAGCCAACUGCUCAUGUGUGAAAUGCAUCAGGAGAAGACAGUGAAAGAGGACAUAGGAGCCACUGUGGCUGAAUGGCCUGGGAAUGACCCUCUCUACACUAACCCUCUGAACGGGCUGGUGGGAGUGAAUGAGAAUACGCUGCAGAGGUAGGAGAAAGAAUAUACAGUGAGGGCAGUGUUAAUUCAGGAUAUACGUGCAGCAGCUGAGAGAUGGCAUCGUGACAAGUGGUGGAGCAAACUGGAGCCAAGCAAACUGUACCACUAAAGUUAACAAGUGCAAAUAAAUACCCUUUCAACACUGCAGCCACUGUGUAAAUUUGGUUUAUAGUCCAGGGAACUUCAAAAGGAAGUUACAUGUGUAUAAAGUCUGCAGCAUUGGGCCCGACAUUUGUAAUUAAGGGUAGGAAAGGAGAAGAAAAACUACUCCCCUUUCUCAGUAAUCCGUUAGUUAAAAGGGGUUUAAUUUUUAAAACGGAAAGCAAUUAUGCCACAAUAUGAACUGAUCACCUUUAAGAGAAUUAAAACAAGCCCAUUCUGAGUUAAGAGAGUGUAAACAAAUCUUCUACUCGCAUUUUGCAUUUUUACUACUAUGAUUGAAACAGCCAAAUGGACUACAUACAUAUCUACAGUGCCAGAGUUCAGCUAAGGUGGGCUGAGUUACAAAGCUUUGAAUAUGGUGCUUUUUUAACACUUGCUGACACUUCUGUAAAAAGGGGCAAUGAAAAGAGGAAAAAUAUUUAAAAGAAUCCCUUAGCUAAAUUACUAAGAGCACCCUAGAUUAUUAACAAUAUCCUCUGUGUGUAUAUGUGUGUGUACACACACACACAAAUACACACACACAAAAUCAACUAGUUUGCUUUUCACCACUUGUGUUGUUUAGCUUUUUGUUCUUCACUCAAUUAGAUUCGUCCAUUUUGCAUCUGAGUUCAUUCUCAUACUUUGGAACAAUUCUGGAAGCUGCCAACAAUGCAGAGGAAUGUUUAGAUUAAGAAAAAACAAUACCGCAGCAUUUCAAUUGUGCAAAAAUAAAAUGCAUUUUUAUAGCUAAUGGGGAUGGUUUGGUUUUUAAGAGAAUUAAAAAUGUUGGACCUAACUUGACCAGGGCCAUUAAAAGUUAAAUAAUAAUAAUGCUCCACUGCUAUAAGCUAGCCACACACAAAGAAUAAAAGUUA